AUGGUGGAACAAGCUGCUGAGGGGCUGGAGGCUUUGCAGGCGGCCAAGCUGCCCGGUCGUCCCUGGCUUCAGGACGAGUCUGGGUUUUGGGAGGCACCUGGGGCUGCGCUGCCUGCACAGGCACAGCACUGUGGUCUCCAGGUGGCCUGUCCGGUGCCUCUCGGCUUCGACUGCGAUCCCGCCGACGGCGGUGUGAGCGGUGCCGGCGGGAGGACGGCCUGUGGGAGUCCCGAGUUGAGUGAUGGUGUCUGCGCCGACGGUGACCCCAAGCUGUCUGCGAUGGGUAUUGCGGUUUCUGCUCUUGGGGCUCAGGGGCCGUGGGAGGAUAACGUGAAGUUUCUGCUGGAGCGUGUGAGUUGUGUGGAGGCUGAGCUGCGGGAGGUUGGCUUUGGUGAUAAGGGGCCGCAGCAGGAGCAGGAGCCGGAGCCGGUGGCUGAGACUGAGGCCGGAGCCCCUGCGCAUGUCCAUGAUACCCUGGUGGUGGAGCAGGAGGGUGCUGGCUUUGUGAACUUUGCCUCGGGUAUGCAGCAUCAGCGGGGUGACUGGGCGGCGCCUGCCGCGGUGGGUAACCGUGGCCUGCUGGUGGAUACAUGUCCCGCUGACCCCCUGGCGGCCCCACUCCCGCUGGAGCCGCAGAAGCCGGAGGGGCCGAAGCAUACUCCGGUCGGGGCACUUGGCCAGGAAAGUACGGGUCUGCUCGGUCAGCUCUUGGAGCCGGGGG